AUGCCUUAUGGUUGGCUUUUGCGGACGUCGCUUGCUUUUGGCAAUUUCCUUUCCCUGAACGGGCAGGACAAGAAGAGCGAGUUUGAGGCCAAGUUUAAGCACAUAGCAGAAGCUUACGACACGCUGCACAACCCCGAGAAGAGGAAAGUCUAUGACAGCACAGGCAGGAACAACAUGCCGCUUGGUUCCAAGAACGAGAUCAGAGCAGAACUGUUGGCGCAGCUGGAAUUCCUGCUCCGCAACAGCUUUCCGAAUAGCCGGUUGCUCGGUUUUGGUGACAAGCUCCGUCGAGGAUUGGGAGCAAAUCCAGAUGUGGAACGGCUUAUCCGUUCCGUCCAUAGGGACGCCCAACACAAGCAUCGUCGAAAGUCUUCGCCGAGCCCAUUUGUUCUGCCGCACGGAAAGAUGGUUACUGUGCAUGGCCUGAGGCAGGCUGUUGAGCUGAAUGGGAAGAAGGCCCAGAUCCAAGGUUACGAUGCUUCCACACGCCGGUAUGAUGUAAAGAUGCGGGGUGGCCCCAUGAUAUGUGUCAAGCGCGAGAACAUCACCCAGCAGUGUCGGGUGACUGUUCAUGGCCUCGUGGUGCAGGACAUUGUCGGCUAUCAGCCGGACACGGGAAACUACGCCGCGAUUCUUCGUAAAGGUUCUGCUAUGAUCCACAUUUCGCCCAAGAACUGCAUCCUUGAAGCUGGAACGUGUAUCAUGCUUCGGGGUGUCAGCGAGGAGCACGACGGCAAGAUGGCCUGUGUUCUAGAAGCCGAUGCCGGCUGCUACCGGGUCCGGUGCUGCGACGGUCAGGAGAUCCGAGUUAAGUACGAAAGCGGUCUGUGCUGA